AUGUCUGAUAAUAGAAGACGUAGACGUGAGGAAGAUGAUUCCGAUUCAGAUAAUGAGCUACCUCCAUCCUCGCCUCAGCAACCUCUCAGGAGAGGAAUGAAUCCAGUUUCGUCACCCAUUGGUUCUCCAGAUAUGAUUAAUCCUGAAGGUGACGAUAACGAAGUUGACGAUGUGCCAGACAUUGAUGAGGUGGAAGAACAAAUGAACGAAGUGGAUUUGAUGGGCGAUGAUAUGUACGAGGACUAUGCGGCGGAUCAGAGUAGAGAUAGGUAUGAUCCGAAUCAAGUUGAUGACAGAGAACAACAAGAGCUGUCUUUGAGCGAACGUCGACGCAUUGAUUCUCAGCUAAAUGAAAGAGACAGGUUAUUGAGAAACGUUGCAUACAUAGAUGACGAGGAUGAAGAACAAGAAGGUGCUGCACAAUUAGAUGAGAUGGGUCUUCCAGUGCAAAGACGGAGAAGGAGAAGGCAGUAUGAGGAUUUGGAAAACAGCGAUGACGAUCUAUUGAGUGAUAUGGACAUUGACCCAUUAAGAGAAGAACUAACCCUAGAAUCCUUGAGUAAUGUCAAGGCUAAUAGCUACUCAGAAUGGAUUACACAACCUAAUGUAUCAAGAACUAUUGCUAGAGAAUUGAAAUCAUUCCUACUAGAAUACACGGAUGAGACAGGUCGCUCUGUGUACGGUGCACGUAUUAGAACUUUAGGUGAAAUGAACUCAGAAUCUUUAGAAGUUAAUUAUAGACAUUUGGCAGAGUCCAAAGCUAUCUUGGCGUUGUUCUUAGCCAAAUGUCCGGAAGAAAUGUUAAAAAUAUUUGAUCUAGUUGCCAUGGAAGCAACGGAAUUACAUUAUCCAGAUUAUGCUCGUAUUCACUCGGAGAUUCAUGUAAGAAUAUCUGAUUUUCCAACAAUAUACAGUUUACGUGAAUUACGUGAAUCUAAUUUGACCUCUCUCGUACGUGUCACUGGGGUAGUGACAAGAAGAACAGGAGUCUUUCCUCAAUUGAAAUAUGUUAAGUUCAAUUGCUUGAAGUGUGGCUCUAUUUUGGGCCCAUUUUUCCAAGAUUCUAAUGAAGAAAUUAGAAUCUCAUUUUGCACAAACUGUAAAUCAAAAGGUCCCUUUAGAGUCAAUGGCGAAAAAACUGUUUAUCGAAAUUAUCAGAGAGUCACACUCCAGGAAGCACCUGGAACUGUUCCUCCAGGUCGUUUACCAAGACAUAGAGAAGUUAUUUUAUUGGCUGAUUUGGUGGAUGUAUCCAAGCCAGGUGAAGAGGUAGAGGUUACUGGUAUUUAUAAAAACAAUUACGAUGGUAAUUUGAACGCAAAGAAUGGGUUUCCCGUUUUUGCUACAAUUAUCGAAGCAAACUCUGUUAAAAGAAGGGAAGGUAAUGCAGCUAAUGAUGGUGAGGAGGGGCUAGAUGUUUUUAGUUGGACUGAAGAAGAAGAACGCGAAUUUAGAAAGAUAUCUAGAGAUCGUGGCAUUAUCGAUAAAAUCAUAUCGUCAAUGGCACCAUCCAUCUAUGGUCAUAGGGACAUCAAAACUGCUGUUGCUUGUUCAUUAUUUGGGGGUGUUCCAAAAAACGUUAAUGGAAAACAUUCCAUUCGUGGUGAUAUCAAUGUGUUAUUGUUAGGUGACCCAGGUACUGCUAAAUCUCAAAUCCUGAAAUACGUUGAGAAAACUGCGCAUAGAGCCGUCUUUGCAACUGGACAAGGUGCUUCUGCUGUUGGUUUGACUGCAUCAGUAAGGAAAGAUCCUAUUACUAAAGAAUGGACUUUGGAAGGUGGUGCGCUGGUGCUAGCUGAUAAGGGUGUUUGUUUAAUUGAUGAGUUCGAUAAAAUGAACGACCAGGAUCGUACAUCCAUUCAUGAGGCUAUGGAACAACAAAGUAUUUCUAUUUCCAAAGCGGGUAUUGUUACAACACUACAAGCACGUUGUUCAAUUAUUGCUGCGGCAAAUCCAAAUGGUGGGAGAUACAAUUCAACAUUGCCAUUAGCUCAAAAUGUUAGUUUAACUGAACCAAUUCUUUCUAGAUUUGACAUUUUAUGUGUUGUUAGGGAUCUUGUUGAUGAAGAGGCAGACGAAAGAUUGGCAAGGUUUGUUGUUGAUUCUCAUGUAAGAUCUCAUCCAGAAAACGAAGAGGACCGAGAAGGUGAGGAGCUCAAGAAUAAUGGUGAGUCAGCGGUGGAACAAGGAGAAGAUGCAGUAAAUGAACAAAUUACUGCAAGGCAGAGAAGACUUCAAAGACAAAGAAAGAAAGAAGAAGAAAUAUCACCAAUUCCACAGGAACUAUUAAUGAAGUAUAUUCACUAUGCAAGAACUAAAAUUUACCCCAAAUUACACCAAAUGGAUAUGGAUAAGGUUAGUAGGGUGUAUGCAGAUUUGAGAAGAGAGAGUAUUUCUACAGGUUCAUUUCCAAUCACUGUUCGUCAUUUAGAAUCCAUUUUAAGAAUUGCAGAAUCAUUCGCUAAAAUGAGGUUAUCUGAGUUCGUAUCCUCUUAUGAUUUAGACAGAGCUAUCAAAGUUGUGGUUGAUUCCUUUGUUGAUGCGCAAAAAGUCAGUGUUCGCCGUCAACUCCGCAGAUCUUUCGCUAUUUAUACCUUGGGCCACUAA